AACUAGUUUCUCAUAAACGGUCGGACAUGAGAAGCGGUAAACGCGUUCGGAUCGAGAUGCUUCUACAUCGAUUCGGACGAACAGAGUGAGAGAAAAGUGUUCGCUGUCAUGAGAAUCGACGACAUGCCGAAUGUGAAAGAGGAAAAGGAUCGUCAAGUCGAGGAUCGUAUCGGAUCCUCGAAGCAAGGACCGAGGACGAGAGUGUGUCAAGAGCACGGCCGCGGCGAACAAGAUUGCCCGAGUGAAAACGAGCACGAGUUCGAAUCGUUGGAAUACGAAGAGGACGCUUAUUACUCGAAUUUAACCGCGACCCCCAGUUUCGACGAUAUCGACGAACUUAGCGACGAUGCAGACGAGAUUGUCGUUCACUGUUGGCGCGAUUCGAACGGUGACAUCGAUGAAAUCGUGGUGGACGACGCGAAUUUGUCGGUGGAAACGCAGUUUCUCACCACCGAGGACGGUGAUAGUCGGGGAAAGAGAAAAAAGAAAUCGGUUCGCGUGAUUUUCCAGGACUUUUCUAAACCCUACCUGGCGAAAAUCAGCAACAGCCAGAAUUAUAAGAAGUUCCUCGAAUUGGUAAAAGGGGAAGAUGCCAGCCUUCAUUCAGCUGGAUAUAUUUCACCAUCCUCGGAUAACGUGGUGAACGAGUUAGAAGGACUUUCUUUAGAAGAACAAGAUCGUCAAAAGGCGGAAUGGAACGCAGAACUAGCCAAAGUCGAAGAAGAGAUACAAACCCUGAGGCACGUUCUGGCGAACAAGAUCAGAGUUUCUCAGGAACUUAAGAGAAAGCUUGGAAUCAGCGUUUGGAAGGAGAUCACCGACGAUAUGAAUCAAGGGUUGAAAAACGUUAAGGAGAGCCAAGUUUAUCAGAACGUCGGCGAGAAACUCGGUCAGUUCACCAAGGCAGUCACCGAAAACGCUUUAUUCCAGAAGACAGAAUCCGUCUUCAAGACUACGGCUGAAAAGACGACCAGCAUUCUUGGAGGAUUCGGAAGCGGUCUAUCCUCGAAGCUGGGUCAAAUGCGUAACUCCGACAGCUUCCGUUCUUUGGAGGAACGAGUCGGAUCUGCUUAUGAAAAUAUGAAGACAAAGGUUGUGCCUUCAAGAUCCAGUUCCAUGCAGAGUUUCGACGAUGCUCUGCGAGAGACCGAAGCGGCGAGACGCGCGUCAGCGGCGCCUUCAGCGACUAGCCCUACCAUUCCUGAAGACAAGCUUUUAUCUUAGAGUUGGCCCUUCACCUUACAUCGAUUUCCGCCUCUUCUAUCCGUAACAUGCCGAAGUCGAUCCACGAUGCCGUCGUUGUUUCGCCCUACGCUACUUGCUAUCACUUUCUAACGCAUUGCUAUUAAUCAGGGCUAAAAGCGAUAUUCGCGUACGAUCGAUCAUAUAUUAUUAAAAAAUCACUGUUUAAACAGUAAAGAGUGACGGGGUAAAUAGAGCUUUUGCGAGACUCGAUUAACAUUCUGCAACGAUUCGAAUGAUCUUUUAAAUGUCUUCUUCGAUACAUGAGAGUGUCGAGACGAAAAUACGCUUCUUUGCGUUAUUAAUUAUUACGAUGAGUUUUCUUUUUGUUAAACGAGAUUCUAGCUUCUUUUUCUAUCAAUUUUCUCGUUUGUGAUUAUCUUUUAAUGAUUGAUGAAAUCUGACGCGAGAGAAGAAAUUUUGUUGACCUUAUUUUUUGUACGUAUUCGUGUGCUUAUGAAUUUUCUUUCCCAGGAUUUGGUAAUUUUUUUUUCCUUUUCUUGAGAGGCUUUUCAGCAUUGCAAGAAUUUUGGAGGAGGUGUUCAAUUGCAUUCAUAAUCAGGAUCAUGUUACUCUAGAAGACGGCAAUUGAUUUCCUUAUUUUAUCGUACUUAUUUGCACUAUACCGAUUUUUAUAACGUAUAAUAAUAUAUCGUUGAUACGUAAUUUUUAAUGUUUGGCGUUGCAACCUAUUUUCGCACCUCGAAUUCGUGAUGAAUAAGCAGCACACGCUUUCAAAUAGAUAUUCACUUGGUGGCGUUUCCUCUUGGAUAUUGAAUAUCUUCGCGUAUUCCUACGAAACAUUUAAUGUCCUUUGAUAAGACUCGUGCUUCGACAAUACUGUCCAUUUCGUGUGAUAAGAAAAUACCUUCUCAUUAAACAAUUAAUUGAAAUUCGUGUAAUAAUGUUUAUGACGUUUCGGGCAUUGAUUUAUGGGACAGGUGGCUGUCUACUUAUUUCAGGUUACAGAAAGAUACUUGGAAAAAUUUCUAAUUCGACAUGCUAGUAUUAUAGUAAUUACAAUGAUUAAAUUAACACGAAUUAAUAUUGAAGCCGAUGAGAAUGUAGAAGUUUCAUUCCCUAAAUUUUACAAAGGGGUCAAAAUCAUUUGAAAAGUUGCAAACGGAAGCUUGAAAUAUAGAAAAAAAAGUUACUGUAAUUAUAAAUUGACCAGAAAAUGCGAGAAAUAUUUUUUACUGAGCUCUAUAAUGAAAUUACUUAACGCGGAUGCGCGAUGACUGGGGCGCAUUUGUCUAUUUAAUUUAAGGAAUUUGCACUGAAAUGAAAAUGUAAACGUAACUAUAUUGUACACGUAAAGUAUCUAAUCAACUAUGUGUCACUCGAUCAUUUUUACGAAUCUAUCUGCGCUCAUAUCGUCAUCGACAACCUGCUACACAAGAUCUACUUGUUCAUUUUGAUGAAUAAAUUAUUUUCAAAAAUGUCA